AUAAUAUACACCAGAAAGUGCGAGAGAGGGAGAGGGGAGAGAGAGAGAGAUAAAUAUAUUUUUUUUAGUUUUUUGUUUUUGUUUUUUUUUUGGAAACAUAGAAAUGGCUUCAAGCUAUGGAAAACGAACAUGGUUCCAUGAAUUAGUUGGCAUCAUUUCAUUGCUAUCAAUGAUUGCCUGUUUUUUAAUGUUGGAUCAUAAACCCUGUCAAAUACCGUUGUUGCCUCGUGAAGAAUUAUCUCGUUGGACUACAAAACCAAUAACCGGUACUGAAAUAUCAACAAAAUCAUUACGUGAAAAAAAUCAAACAUUAAUUGCUGAACAGAUGGAAUUAUUUAUUGAAAAUUAUUAUGAUUCAUUACAAAUAUUUCAGAUUAUAAUUGGUUGUUGGUCGAUUAUUAUUAUGUUAUUUGGUAUAAUUAAUAUUGUGCCCAAACAUGAAGAUUUUAAAGUGAUGACUAUUUUGCUCAUGGUAUUAAUUAUGGGAUUUGCAGCCCUAUUUGCCUUUUAUACAGCAUUUAUAGCAUUCCAUAAACCAUGCCGUGCAUUGACAACAACAACAACAACCUCUUCAACUUCAACUACCAGUACAACAAUAAAACAUCAACAAGAAAUAAUUCCAAUGACACGUGCUAAUUUACGACAAUUACGUUAUUAUUAUAGCCAACAAUUAUUACAACAACAAAAUAACAGUAACCAUAAUCAACAACAACAACAAGGCCUUAAAUCAAUGAUAUUAAAUACAAUUAAUAACAAUAAUAAUAAUGUAAAUAAUCAACAACAACAACAACAACAGAAAAAUAAAUUUUUAACAACAAUAUUAUCAAAAUUUUGGUUCAAUAAUAAUAAUAAUAAUAAUAAUUCAAAUCAAACAAAUAUUAUACAAUUACCAUCAUCACCGGAUCAAUUAAUUUAUAUGUUAGAAUUUCGUUCAAUAAAAGAUAAACGUCCUGUUAAUGUUUUUGAAGAUGAAGAUGAUACAAUGAUACGUAUAACAUUAAUUAAUUCAUUGGUUGGUUUUAUAUUAUUAUGUUCAGAUUUUUUAUUCUUUUUUGAUUCAAGACAACAUAUGAUUGAAUGGCGUAAUUAAUUGAAGAAGAAGACAAAAAAAAAAAUGUCUCUUCCUCUGA